GUGGCUGAAUCAUCUCUUACAGCGGCGAUGCCUCGCGCCGCCGCGGCCCUCCUCCUCACCGUGCUCGCCCUCGUCGCGCCGCCGCUGUCCGCCGCGGCCACCGACGCCCUCGACGACGACGACGACCACCGCUCGGCGUUCCACGCGUGCGGGAACCAGGGCCAGUACGCUCCCAACAGCUCCUACGAGGCCAACCUGCGGUAUCUCGCCGGCACGCUCCCGGCCAAGGUGAACGGGUCCUCCUCCUCCUUCGCCAGCGUCCUCGCCGGCGAGCGACCCGACGAGAUCUCCGCGUACGGCUUCUGCAACUCGUCGUCGGGCUGCGCCGCCUGCCUCGCCACGGCCUUCCGGCACGCGCAGCUGGUGUGCCCGUACAGCAGGCGCGCCAUGGCCGACCUCCGCGCGUGCCGUGUCAGCUACCACAACGUCCACCGCAGGGAGCAAGUCGUGCGCGUCGUACCAGCCGUGGCCAUCUUCGGCGAUCGUAUGUCGUCUCGGUGGUUGGAAAUUUUGGUCGACGAUUUUCCUAUGAUGCUGCUGUUGCAAGUAAUGGGGAUCGCCUGUGUGCUGUUCAUGUUCCUUCAGGAGUGGAGAGCUAGCAGAAAAGGCGCUGCCAGUGCCAACCUGCUGCCUUAGGAUGCUGUAUCUGUUCGUUCAGUUCAGGUCUGUUUCAUCUGGUUUCGUUUCUUCACAACAGAAAUGCGAACAGUUUUAUUACAAACAGCACGAAUAUUUCAACUUGGUUAAAUAUAAAUGUGAUGUAGGCAACUGCAGAGUUCUUGGAGAUCUUGAUCAGUCAGACUCUAAACUGAUAUCCAUACUGCAUUUGAUGCAGGGUGUCAACUACUCAACUUCUGAUUGUAAGCCUAUAGAUCGCUCAGCACUGAACAAGCAAAUCCAGUUUGCUGCAUAAGAAAACGUCACAUUUCCACACAAGAUGUACACGCAGUUUUUCUUUCCAAGACUGUGGAGCACUAGAGCCGGAAAUUAACACUCCCACUCAGUCUGCUUUUAC